AUGGCGGGAAUGGAAGAGCUCGAGAUUCACAGCAAAUCCUACCUCGUGCGAUGGGUCAAUGUCAGAGGCGGCCAUACAAUCUCCUGGAGUAUCCAACCACACAAGAAAUCCAUCAACUUCGGCAUCUUCAAACGUCUCGGCCAGCCAACUCCCUCUGGUUCGACCACUACAACGACAACGACUACUACGAACCACGAUUCGCAUAGUGAGCUAGAUUUAUCAUCUACAGACAAUCUACCGGCCUCCGCCUUGAUUGACAAGCUUCGCGGCGCUGGACUGAAACCGAUACAAUGGGUAGGAAAAUGCGAAGCCGAUAAGAUUUCACAAGGGACAUGCGAUGUACCGCUCAAUGAAGGUGGGAAUUAUGCAUUAGUCUUUGAUAAUACCUUUUCCAAAACGACGGGAAAAAUGGCGACGUUUGUUCUCGUGACAUAUCCUACUGCCACGCCGCCGCAAUCCGUACACCAAGUUCAUCCACCGCACGCAUUGGCCUCGGUCAAUAAUAUUGGCGCGCCCGGGAAUCGCGUCUCGCCCAGGUUGCGACCUACGAAUAGUUCAAGUACAUCGAUCGAUAAUCCCCGUCCAGCGGCCAAGGGAGGCCGUUCCGUGUCUGGCGGCAAGUCGAUUAAGCAGCGUCCAAACAGCAAUAGCGUAUCCUCCAUCAAUGGCGCGCCGGAAUUGGUGCAUACGGGUAUAUUACAAAAGCGACGUCGAAAGCGACACCAGGGGUGGGCCCGUCGAUUUUUCUCGCUUGAUUAUGCGUCUUCUACAUUAUCGUACUAUCAUGAUCGCAAUUCUUCGGCGCUUCGUGGCGCGAUUCCGCUCAAUUUGGCAGCUGUCGCAGCCAAUGCUGCUCGACGGGAAAUUUCUAUUGAUUCUGGGGCUGAGAUAUGGCAUUUGCGCGCAAACAACGAGACGGAUUUUGCUGCAUGGACGGCUGCGUUAGAGAAGGCGUCAAAACAAAGCAAGGAAGAUAAGACAGCAAGACCAGCAUCGCCGACGUUGCAGAUUCCUUCGCAUUCAGCGUCGCGCACUCUACCGAAUCCCGCGGAGGAUCUUGAAUGGGAGCAGAUUGAAAGUCUUGUUAGCAAAAUCUCAGGGUCGAGGGAUGCUGUGCGUCGACUUGCAAAGGAUACGGAUCCUAAAUAUUUUACGUCUUCUGCAUCUUCCGCACCUCUACCACCUCUGGAACGACGACGAUCACAAAGCCCGCAUCUUCAAGCAAGUCCAGCUGAUGGCUCCCCUGUGAACGGGGAGGACUACUUUGGUGAUUCUCAUCAUAAAAGACCAUUUUGGAAACGCAAAACCAGUAGCAAUACUACUAGUGGCUCUGCAAAACGACAACCAAACGGCACUACACAUUUGGCCACGCCUAGCCCGUCGACCGAUGCAUUCCCGGUAACUGCUACUGAAGAUCGCAAACCGAGGAGUGUAAUCAGUCACCACACGGACAAAGACGAUGAUAUCCAUGAAAAUCUAAUGGCUAUUCUUCGUGAUCUCGACAAGACGGUUGUGGAGUUUACCACUCUCAUUGCAGAGAGCAAAGAGAGACGACACCCGCAGACGACGACGAUUAGUUCGCGGGUUAGUAUGGACUCGGAAGCGUCACAGGAAUUCUUCGAUGCCGAAGCUGGUCCGACAUCUCCUCUUCUCACAAUACAGCAUGAUUCAGAUGUCGAGGCGGAAAAUGAAGACGAAGAAGAGGAUGUCGAUGACGAUGCCCUUUCGUCUUGUAGUGAAGGCGAUACUCGCAGCGAUUUACGCAAGGGCAUUCAAAAGGAAAGCUCUGCAUUCUUGUUCCCUGGGAAACCAAAAUCAAUGAUUCCGUUGCCUUUGGACAGGGUCCAAAGACGGAACAUUGUUCCUGCUCCAACAGUACCCCCGCCAAGUCUAAUAGGAUUCUUGCGGAAGAACGUCGGCAAGGAUUUAUCCGCUGUUUCCAUGCCAGUGACUGCCAACGAGCCAUUAUCCCUCUUACAAAGAGCAGCCGAAUGCAUGGAAUACUCAACACUGCUUGACAAAGCAGCUAGUGCCAUCGACGGCCUCGAACGACUCGUCUACGUAACAGCCUUUGCACUCUCCCCCCUUUCCUCAGCCCGCGUCAAAGACCGCGCAAUCCGCAAACCAUUUAACCCUCUACUCGGAGAAACCUUCGAACUAGUCCGCGAAGACCGCGGAUUCAGAAUGAUUGUCGAAAAGGUCUCCCAUCGACCAGUUCAAUUAGCCUAUCAAGCCGACAGUCAUUACUGGAGUUUAACGCAAUCACCCAAACCCACGCAAAAAUUCUGGGGCAAAUCCGCUGAAAUCAACACGGAUGGUAAAACGAGACUGAGCCUUCAUUCUAGUGGUGAUCAUUUCAGUUGGGGGAACGCCACCUCUUUCCUGCGAAAUAUCAUCGCAGGCGAAAAAUACGUCGAACCAGUCGGCGAAAUGGUCGUUGUCAACGAGACAACAGGUCAAAAGACAAUCACCACUUUCAAAGCUGGAGGGAUGUUUUCGGGGCGAAGCGAAGAAAUCACCGUAAAAGCCUUUGAUGUCCACGGCAAUGAAUUACCGUUGGGCUUGGCGGGCACGUGGACGAAUUCAUUACAAUUAACAGAACACGGCUCAACAACCAACAAAACCAUCUGGUCCGUCGGUCCCCUCGUCGACCAAGCCGCUAAACGUUAUGGAUUCCCCGUCUUUGCUGCCACACUCAACGAAACUACACCCAUUGAAUACGGUAAACUUCCACCCACAGAUUCAAGACUCAGACCCGAUCAACGCGCCCUGGAGAAUAAUGAGAUCGAUGCCGCGGAAGAUCUCAAAGCGAAACUGGAAGAGAAACAGCGUGAACGAAGAAAGGAGCUUGAAGAUAUAGGCGGUGUAUAUAAACCCAGAUGGUUUUUGCGGGUUGAUACGCCGGAGAUUCUGAGUCAGAGUGGUAGUGGGACAGAGGAAGUGAUUUGGAAACUCAAAACGGGUAGAGAUGGGUAUUGGGAGGAGAGGGCGAGGGGGGAGUGGAAUGGGGUUGUGCCUAUAUUUAAGCUGUAGAUUGCUUCUACUACAUAUCAAGAAGGGGGAUGAUAUUCCUAGGUAGUAACUAGGCCGACGUUUGGAUCUGGAUUUUGUUUGAUUUUGUGAUUGUGACAUGUUAAUAGGCACUUUAUAUACCCCCGGUUUUCUUAUAUAGUUUCUCCCCUCUGAAUAGGUAUACAGUUAUAAUAGUCACUACUUCAAUUCAGUUGAUCUCC